AUGGAGACUACAAUUCAGGUGCCUAGAUGGACCCCAACUCCUAGUCCUACAAGCUCACCAAGGGGACCCAAUGUGCCUAGAUGGGCACCAAGUCCAAGCUCACCAAAAGGAGCCAUGAAGAGUGAGAGUUUUGAGCCAAACCCACCAAGCUCACAAGGAGGGAACCAGGUGCCUAGAUGGAACCCAAACGAGCCAAAUACAAGCUCACCAAGACGGUCCAUGCAGAAUGAGAGUUUCGAACCAAGCUCAACGAAAGGGACCCACUUGCCUCAAUGGAACCAGAGUCCAAGCCGACCAAGCUCGCCAAAAAGGCAAAUAAGGGAUGAGAACUUUGAUGAAUUGGAGAUAGGGACCCAUUUGCCAACAUGGACCCAAAAUCUAAUCCCACCAAGCUCACCGAAAGGAGCCAUGAAGAAUGAGAGUUUGGAACUAAGCCCACCAAGCUCACCCAGGGCGAGCCAUGUGCCUAGGUGGACCCCAAGUCCAAGCCCAUCAAGAUCAUCAAAAGGGCCCACGAGGAGUGAGAGUUUUGAUGAUCUGGAGAGGGGAAGCGUGGCUUCUGAGGAAGACAUGUCUUCUGACAUGGAAAAGUUUUUCCCAUUCAACAGUGACUCCAUUUCAACUAGCACCAGACCACCACUUGAUUCACUUCUGCUUGAAGCCCCAUCUCUGAGAAACCUUCCCAACGUAAAAACGUCAUCACAUAAACCAGAUGUUGGACAGCCAAAGCAAAACAAAAACAAUGUCACGUGGAAUAUUGAUACGGAUUUCACAUCCAAAUCCAAUGGUGUUUUCUUGACUUGGAAGGACCUAUGGGUGACGGUGCCAGACCAGCAAAGUGGGCGACGUCCCAUUCUACAGCGCCUAACUGGAUAUGCCCAGCCGGGUGAGGUAUUGGCCAUCAUGGGUCCUUCUGGCUGUGGCAAGUCAACUCUUCUGGAUGCAUUAGCCGGAAGAUUAGGUUCGAACACAAGGCAAGCAGGGGAAAUUCUCGUUAAUGGCAGAAAGCAAAGACUUGCUUUCGGAACUUCGGCCUAUGUGACUCAAGACGAUACUCUAAUGACCACAUUAACAGUAAGGGAAGCUGUACACUAUUCUGCACAGCUCCAACUUCCAGGCUCCAUGCCUACCUCGGCUAAGAGGGAAAGAGCUGAAAUGACGAUAUGCGAGAUGGGGUUGCAAGACUGCAUAGAGACAAGAAUAGGAGGGUGGGGAAAGAAAGGCCUCAGUGGUGGACAGAAGAGGAGGGUUAGCAUCUGCAUUGAAAUCUUGACGCGUCCAAAGCUACUCUUUCUAGAUGAGCCCACCAGUGGCCUAGACAGUGCAGCCUCUUACCAUGUCAUGGACCGCAUUGUUAAGCUUGCUCACCGAGAGGGAAUCACUGUUAUUGCAUCAAUCCAUCAACCUAGCAGUGAGGUUUUUGAGCUUUUUCACAAUCUCUGCCUUCUGUCUUCUGGUAAAACAGUCUACUUUGGUCCUGCUUCAAUGGCAAAUGAGUUUUUUGCUAAGAAUGGCUUCCCUUGCCCAGCUCUGAGAAACCCAUCUGAUCACUACCUUAGAACUAUAAACAAGGACUUCGACUUAGACAUCGAGGAAGGACUUGGUGGCGCAACAAGCACAGAAGAAGCAAUUAACAUUCUUGUAAGAGCCUAUAAGUCAUCUGAGACUUGCCAGCAGGUUCAAGGGUGGGUGUCUGAGAUAUGCCAACAGAAAGGAGGAGUGCUUGAGAAAAAGGGAAGCCAGGCUAGCUUCGCCACCCAGUGUCUUGUUCUUACUAAGAGAUCCUUCGUGAACAUGUAUCGUGAUCUAGGCUAUUACUGGCUUCGACUUGCAAUCUACAUUGCAUUGUGUUUAUGUGUUGGGACUAUCUUCUAUGACAUUGGCUUCUCUUACGGCUCCAUUCAGGCUAGGGGUUCGAUGCUCAUGUUUGUUGCAGCAUUCUUGACUUUCAUGGCAAUUGGUGGAUUCCCUUCAUUUGUAGAGGACAUGAAGAUCUUUGGGCGAGAAAGAUUAAACGGGCACUACGGCGUUGGAGCAUUUGUUAUAGGAAACUCACUUUCUUCAAUUCCUUACCUGCUUAUGAUAUCUUUGAUCCCCGGAGCAAUUGCUUAUUACCUCGUCCACCUUCAGAAGGGAUUUGAACACUUCGUCUACUUCGCUAUACUAUUGUUUGUGUGCAUGAUGUUGGUUGAGAGCCUAAUGAUGAUGGUGGCGAGUAUCGUACCAGAUUUCCUCAUGGGAAUCAUAACAGGCGCAGGAAUUCAAGGUGUGAUGAUGCUGUGCGGGGGCUUCUUCCGAUUGCCGAAUGAUCUUCCCAAUCCUUUUUGGAAAUAUCCGAUGUAUUACAUUGCCUUCCAUAAGUAUGCAAACCAAGGAUUCUACAAAAAUGAGUUCGAAGGGUUGACAUUUCCCAGCAAUCAAGUAGGAGGAGCACCCACCAUUACUGGUGAAGAAAUCCUGCAAAACGUUUGGCAAGUGGAGAUGGGCUACUCUAAGUGGAUUGAUCUUGCUAUCUUAUUUGGAAUGGUGGUUCUGUACCGCCUCAUGUUUCUGGGGAUAAUAAAGACCGUUGAAAAGGCUAAGCCUAUGAUCAGAGGACUCUUUGUUGUUCCGCCUGAGAAGUCCAGGCAAAUUGUAGAAAACCCUAUUGAUCCACAAUAUGCCUAG